ACAUAAAUGAUAAGUCGAGUGAUGGUAAUUAUAAGCAACAAUUCAUAGAGAUAUCAACCAUAGGUUCGGGCGGUUUUGGGACAGUAUUUCAAGUAAAGCAUAGAUUGGAUGAUAAGAUAUAUGCCGUCAAAAAAGUACAAUUUGGUGAUUUUAAUGAAGACAAAAAACAAAGAAUUUUGAAAGAAGUAAAAAGUUUAGCAAAACUGGACUCAGAUUUUGUGGUCAAAUAUUACAACUCAUGGCUUGAGUGCAAUCAUCUGUACAUUCAAAUGGAGUAUUGCUCUCAAAGUCUUCGUUCACUUCUCGCAGACAAAGCCAUUGUCUUUGAGAGACAACCGAAAUACCACAUGAAUAUCAUUCAUCGGGACCUCAAACCGGAAAACAUAUUAAUUGAACGCAACCUUAAGUCCAAUCGUUGCGUAAAACUGUGUGACUUUGGUUUGGCCACCGAUCACGACGUCGACAGACAAACUGCGAGCCGAUACGACCAUACGUUAGGUGUGGGCACUUUGAGAUACAUAUCGCCCGAAGUGUUAUAUCGCAAGCAAUAUAACCACAAAAUUGAUAUUUUUAGUCUCGCACUAAUCGCUGAAAAGAUCUAUAGUAUUGAUCCACAAAAUUCCUAUUCGUUUCAAGCAAUUGAAUCCGAGUUUAAUAAAUGUUAUGUUAAUCUAUACCAGACUUUGCAGUCAAUGAUGUCAAGCCCUGACUAUAAUCAAAGGCCUGAGUGUCGGGAAGUGUUGGCUAAACAAAACGAGUGGUCAAUCGAUAAGACUUUUAUUGUCCAAUACUUAGUUAAUUAA